CACUGGCAGACGUGGUGACGUCAGCACAGGCGCACCGCGGGGCCCAAAGCGGCAGGGCCAGAGCAGAGGCGUCCGGGGCCAGCGCUGCGGUGGCGGCGGCGGAGUUGGACUGGGCCGCGGAGAGGUAAAGGUUAGGGAACUUUUUAAGAUCCUGUCUCCAGGCUGCUGUGUCUCUGCUUUCCCAGAGUGGAAGCUAGAAGGCAGACCAGCCAUGUCCACAUUCAGACAGGAAGACGUGGAGGACCACUAUGAGAUGGGAGAAGAACUGGGCAGCGGCCAGUUUGCAAUUGUGCGGAAAUGUCAACAGAAGGGCACGGGCAAGGAGUAUGCAGCCAAGUUCAUCAAGAAGCGCCGCCUAUCUUCCAGCCGGCGAGGGGUGAGCCGGGAGGAGAUUGAGAGGGAGGUAAACAUCCUGCGGGAGAUCCAGCAUCCCAAUAUCAUCACCCUGCAUGACAUCUUUGAGAAUAAGACUGAUGUGGUGCUCAUCCUGGAGCUGGUGUCAGGUGGGGAGCUCUUUGACUUCCUGGCAGAGAAGGAGUCACUGACGGAGGAUGAGGCCACCCAGUUCCUUAAGCAGAUCCUGGAUGGCGUCCACUACCUGCAUUCCAAGCGCAUUGCCCACUUUGACCUCAAGCCAGAAAACAUUAUGCUCCUGGAUAAGAAUGUGCCCAACCCUCGGAUCAAGCUCAUUGACUUUGGCAUUGCCCAUAAGAUUGAGGCAGGAAAUGAGUUCAAGAACAUCUUUGGCACCCCAGAGUUUGUGGCCCCUGAGAUUGUCAACUAUGAGCCACUGGGUCUAGAGGCAGACAUGUGGAGCAUUGGUGUCAUCACCUACAUUCUCCUGAGCGGCGCUUCCCCAUUCCUGGGUGAGACCAAGCAGGAGACGCUCACCAACAUCUCAGCUGUGAAUUAUGACUUUGAUGAGGAGUACUUUGGCAACACUAGUGAGCUGGCCAAGGACUUCAUCCGCCGACUGCUUGUCAAAGACCCCAAGAGGAGAAUGACCAUCGCCCAGAGCCUGGAGCACUCCUGGAUCAAGGCAAUCCGGAGGCGGAACGUGCGCAGCGAGGACACAGGCCAGAAGCCCGAGCGGCGGCGCCUGAAGACCACGCGUCUGAAGGAGUACACCAUCAAGUCACACUCGAGCAUGCCACCCAACAACUCCUAUGUCAACUUUGAGCGCUUCUCUAAGGUGCUGGAGGAGGUGGCAGCAGCUGAGGAGGGCCUACGUGAGCUAGAGCGUAGCCGGCGGCUGUGCCAUGAGGACAUGGAGGCACUGGCCGCCAUCUACGAAGAAAAGGAGGCUUGGUAUCGUGAGGAGAGUGACAGCCUGGGUCAAGACCUGCGGCGGCUGCGGCAGGAACUACACAAGACUGAGGCACUCAAGCGGCAGGCCCAGGAGGAGGCCCGGGGUGCCCUGCUGGGGACCAGUGGGCUCAAGCGCCGCUUUAGCCGCCUGGAGAACCGUUAUGAGGCAUUGGCCAAGCAGGUGGCAUCUGAGGUGCGGUUUGUGCAGGACCUGGUACGGGCCCUGGACCAGGAGAAGCUGCAGGCCAUGGAGUGUGGCCUCCGCUAGGUAUUUUGCAGCCCUCGUGCCAGCCAGUGCCCCGGCCUGAGUCGGGGAUGCCUCCCCAGGGGCCUUGGUUCUCCCAUCAUCCCUGUUUUAGCCCUUGCCAAUCCCAGCCUGGGGACUGAGGUGAGAAGAGCCCAGGUCUGGACCCAGGAGGGGCAGGGGCCUGGGCCAACCCCUCACUCCCAGCCCAUCCCCUCUGUCUUGCAGCAUCGCUGAUGGUAGGGUCUUCCAGGGAAGCAUGGCCCCAGGUGCUCUGCGAGGGGCUGGGACUAUCAGGACAGACAGGUCAUGGGAGCCACAGUGGCUGUCCAAGUGCUGCUCUGGCCCUGUGGGCUGCAGAGGGGAUCAGGGAAACAGCAUUGUUGGGCACUGUUAUGUGCUGCCCUUUGGUUUAGGAGGAGUCCUUGGGACAGGUGAAGUGGGAGCAAGGGGGACUGGGCAGGUGGGGAUAGCCCCCAGCAUGCUGGGGCUGCUGGCCAGAGGUCAGGCUGCCAGGAACCUGCAAUGUGAGGCAGGGGCUUGGGACCUGGUGUGUGGUUGGCAGAGGGGUCUUCAGCCUCUCCUGUACCCAGGCCCUCUGUGGUGAGGCCUGUACCCCACCCUGUGGUGGCAUAUGCUGCAUACCCCUCUUGAGCUCCAUUGUAUUGCCUGUGUACUCCUAUGCAAGAAUGCUCCUGUUGCAAGCCAAGAAAAAUAAAAUACUGACUUCUCUGACAUCUA